AUGCAGGGCCAGAUAUGCCAGGCACAAGUAAGGGACAUUCCUAUCAGGUCAGUGGAUGCAGUGCAUGGCCAAGUGACACGUCCACCCAAAAGCGGGGAAGAACAGAGGCCUCAGUUCACCUAUAUCAUCCUGAUUGUCAAGGUGCUGCUGCAGCCAAGAGGGACUGCUCCUGCAUGCAAUGGAAUGACUUUGCUCACAAUUAAAUUUCCCCACCACUCACAGCCAUACUUAGAGGAUACUCCAGCUCACUCCAAGUGGGAAACCUCAGAGCCCUCCCCUAAACCUCAGUGCCAGCCCCACUGGCUGCCGGGGCCAUUAGCACCAGCAGAGCUGCCCAGGCAGAGCCAGCCUGAGGAGACAUCUGAGCCCACAUCUCUCAACAGUCUAUUCUGCCUGCUGCUGCACCCACUGCUGCACACUCUGGGCCUCACUGCUGGAACUAUGCAGUCCUCUCGCUGCUGCCUUCUCUCCCUCCUCCUCUACCUCUUCCUCGUCCCUGGGACAUGGGCAAACCUGGAGGGGGCCUUCACUCUCCGGCUGCUCCAGACUACCACCUUCCAAAACACCUCAUUUACGGACAUGGAGGGACUGGGCCUGCUGGAAGAUAUCGAACUUGGUUGUCUUGAUAAACACACAUGGUCCAUCCACUUCCGCCAGCCCUGGGUGCGCCCAGCCCUGCCCUACAUUGACUGGGACACCAUUGAGAACCUGCUUAAGGUCUAUUUGCAGAAGUUCAACCAUCUGAUCAACGAACAGGCCACGCAAAGGGACGUCCCCUACCCCUUUGUGGUUCAGUGCAUGGCAGGCUGCAUGCUGUACCCCAACAGAACCUCCCAGGCCUUUGCCUAUGUGGGUUACAAUGGUCAGGAUUUCCUCAGCUUUGACACAGAGAACAUCAUGUGGACCCUCUCCCAGGACACCCAGUUGUCACGGUAUGUCCAGUCAUUUCUCCAGAACUACACUGCCUUGAAUGAGCUGGUGGAAAUUAUUUUCAAUGAUACUUGUGCCGAUGAAAUUGAAGUGUUACUGCACCAUGGGAGGGCAGCUCUGGAGAGACAAGAGUUGCCUGUGGCCACGGUCUUCGCCCGCACCCCCAGCCUAGACCAGCUGCUGCUUGUUUGCCAUGUCACUGGCUUCUACCCCCGUCCCAUCAGCGUGGCCUGGCUGCGGGAUGGUCAGGAGGUGCCUCCAGGCCCAGCACUCAACACCAGCACCAUCCUGCCCAAUGCUGACUUCACCUACCAGCUCCGCAGCGUCCUGGCCGUGGCCCCCCGUGAUGGGCACAGCUACAUCUGCCGUGUGCGCCACCACAGCCUGGGCACCCGCAGCCUUCUCAUCCCAUGGGGGAACUCCGAAGUGGUGCUGAUCACAGGGCUUGUGGCCGGGCUGCUUGCAGCCAUGGCCGUAGUUACCAUGUCAGUGCUUUGGGUGUGGAGACAAAGAAAGUACCAACAGAUGGAGGAAUCAGAGCCCAGAAACUCCAUCCUGAGCAAAGAAGCUUAG